AUGAGGUUCUCUGCCCAGGCACUCUUUGCACUUAUCCUUGCCACUUUCUGCUCAGCCCAGAUACAAUCACUUGGUGAAUUGCCCGACUGCGCUAAACCCUGCGCCGCCAAUCUUCCAGCCAACUGCAAACUCGACGUCAAAUGCAUUUGCGCCGACGCUGAUUUCAUUAAGAGUAUUUCUUGCUGCGUUGCCGAUGCUUGCUCAGCCCAAGAUCUACAAAAGACCCUACAGGUGGCCCAGCAAUUUUGCUCGACGGUCAAAGUGACAUUACAAGCUCCGGGACCAGAUGCCUGCCCCAAGAGCGGUGGAUCCGGUGGAGCGUCAAGUGCAGCAAGCGAUGCUACAUCAUCCGCUGCUGCACAAGUGAGCAGUGAAGCUAGCAGUGCAAUCAGUAGUCAGGCGGCCUCGGCCAGCAGUCAAGCGUCUUCGGCUGCCGCUGGUGUCUCAAGUAUGAUGAGCAGUGCCAGUGCAGUAGCAGGCUCCGCUACUCAGGCAAGUUCAUCUGCCACUUCAUCAGCUGCAGCCAGCACCGGUGGAGCUGUACAGUAUGCAAGUAACAAGAUCGGAGGGCUCGGUGCUGCGGUCGCAGCCGUUCUUCUUCUCUAG